AAAAUUAAAUUUUUAUCAUUUAAUUAUAGACACGAAUAAAAAAGUAUUUAACACAUGUCCGAGAGGGUCCGAAGAGUGUCAAUGUCCGACACGAAUACAUUACCUUCAUGAGAAUUUAUGUGCUUCAUAGUUACAAAAUCUCUGAAAGAAAGGAGGAGGCAAAAGAGAUGUUAUCGAAUAAAGUGAAGUUUUAUCAUCUAUUUGGGUGGUGGUUUCAAAUGAGUUUAGACUUUAGAGAGACCCCUCUUUGUUGGUUUUACAACAUAAGUGAAAAGCCACAUCUAGUUAAUUUUGUUUUGUUUUAUACUUGUAUCUUCUUGUUUUUUUUGGUGAAUUUCCUAUCCACCAUUUAUGUACUUUAUAUACUUUCUAUGAAAUAAAAGCUUUGUUUCUUUUCAAAAAAAAAAAAUGAUCAACCAUAAAGCAAGCGAAGUCAGAGUUUCCACUUUC